AGUCAUUCGGAGCCCUCAUUUAAACCAGAGGGCGGGCACAAAAUAUUCUGUUUAAGGGCGAAAGAACGAAGUCGGAGAACAACAGCCAGCAGUCCAGCACCAUAUACCCAAACCCGCUUCUUAACAAUCCUUAAAAAGCUCAUUAAAAAAUGGCCGAAGGUGAGGAUAUCCAGCCUCUUGUGUGUGACAAUGGUACUGGAAUGGUCAAGGCUGGAUUUGCUGGAGAUGAUGCUCCAAGGGCUGUCUUCCCUAGCAUUGUUGGACGCCCUCGUCAUACUGGAGUGAUGGUUGGCAUGGGCCAGAAGGAUGCUUAUGUUGGUGACGAGGCUCAAUCUAAGAGAGGUAUUUUGACUCUGAAGUACCCUAUUGAGCAUGGAAUUGUCAACAACUGGGAUGACAUGGAGAAAAUCUGGCAUCAUACGUUCUACAAUGAACUUCGUGUGGCACCAGAAGAGCACCCGGUACUGCUCACAGAAGCCCCCCUUAACCCCAAGGCGAAUCGUGAGAAGAUGACUCAGAUCAUGUUCGAGACUUUCAAUGCCCCUGCCAUGUAUGUUGCUAUUCAGGCAGUGCUUUCCCUUUAUGCCAGUGGUCGUACUACUGGUAUUGUUCUGGACUCUGGAGAUGGUGUGAGCCACACAGUUCCCAUUUACGAAGGGUAUGCCCUCCCACACGCCAUCCUGCGUCUGGAUUUGGCAGGACGUGAUCUCACGGAUCACCUCAUGAAGAUUCUGACUGAGAGGGGUUACUCUUUCACCACUUCUGCGGAGCGAGAAAUUGUUAGAGAUAUGAAGGAGAAGUUAUCCUACAUUGCUCUUGACUAUGAACAAGAGCUGGAAACAUCAAAGACCAGCUCAGCUGUGGAGAAGAGCUACGAGUUGCCUGAUGGACAAGUGAUUACCAUCGGUAAUGAGCGGUUCCGCUGCCCAGAGGUUCUCUUCCAGCCAUCGAUCAUCGGGAUGGAAGCUGCUGGCAUUCAUGAAACUACUUACAAUUCCAUCAUGAAGUGUGACGUGGAUAUUAGGAAGGAUCUUUAUGGAAACAUUGUCCUCAGUGGUGGUACCACUAUGUUCGGGGGCAUUGCUGAUAGGAUGAGCAAGGAGAUCACAGCUUUGGCUCCGAGUAGCAUGAAGAUAAAGGUUGUUGCCCCGCCUGAGAGGAAGUACAGUGUGUGGAUUGGAGGAUCUAUUUUGGCCUCCCUGAGCACAUUCCAACAGAUGUGGAUAGCAAAGGCAGAGUAUGAUGAAUCAGGACCCUCGAUUGUUCAUAGGAAAUGCUUCUAAAUGCUGCAUGCUGGGAAAGAGACAUCUGGAGAGAUUUAUACAAGCUGUGCUAUGAAAACAGCUUCUCCUCAGUUGCUAUGCUGCUUCCUUCUCAUUUGUUAUUUUACUUAUUGUUUUCUUUAUGUUCAUUCUUUCGAGUUUUUCAAGAUUUGGCCAGUGGAGACACAAACAGGAUCUUGGCAUUUUUUUUUUGUUAGUAUUGCUAUUAAGAAGAUUUGUCUACUUUUAUGUUAUUUGGAUUUCUGAUAAAUGAACAUUCUCACUACUGUCAACAUGGAGAAUUGUUAUAUGUUA